UUUUGCUUUCACUAACUUUCAGUAAUACCCAUUCGAGAAUUAAAGCGAUUCAGUCUGCAGAGUGAGACGGAGGAGAGAUGGCAGACUGUCCGGAUGAAACCACCACAUUAUUAAGAAACAACCCAACCCAAAUUAGACAUGGAAGGCUCUACCUUGCUGUGUUUUCAGCUGUUUUGGGCAAUUUCAAUUUUGGAUUUGCCUUAGUGUUCCCCUCCCCUGUCAUCCCCCAACUUCAAAAGGGUGAUGACCCUCGGCUCCAAAUGGACAUCCAUCAGAUAUCAUGGUUUGGUUCAAUUUUCACCCUUGGAGCCGCCGUAGGGGGUCUUAGUGCCAUGGUGCUCAAUGACCGAGUUGGGAGAAAGAUGAGCAUCAUGUUGUCUGGAGUACCAUCUGCUGCAGGUCUCCUUGUGAUGGGGUCCGCACAAAAUUUCUGGAUGUUAUUAUGGGGCAGAUUUCUGACUGGCAUCGCUGGUGGUAUCACCUCUGGCUCCAUUCCUGUGUAUGUGUCAGAGAUUUCACACCCAUCUGUGAGAGGUGCGCUGGGUUCAUGUCCUCAGAUCACAGCUGUCUUUGGAAGUCUAGCACUCUACGCUCUUGGCUUGAUUUUGCCGUGGAGAUGGCUGGCUGUGGCUGGGGAGGUCCCUGUGAUUAUCAUGAUGAUUUUGCUUUGCUUCAUGCCAACCUCCCCACGUUACCUCACGAUGAAAGGAAACAGAGAAAAAGCAGUUAAAUCGCUAGAAUGGCUGAGGGGCCCCAAUUCUGAUUACUUGACUGAGUUCAGUAAGAUCGAGCGCAGUAUCAACUCUCAGGGGGCACAAUGGAGUGAUCUUAAAACCCCUUUAUACUAUAAACCAAUCCUAAUCUCAGUCUUCAUGAGAUUUCUGCAGCAGAUGACUGGUAUAACCCCAAUUCUGGUAUAUUUGGAGCCCAUCUUCCACAUAACAGCUAUAUCACUGGAACCGAAAUAUGAUGCAGCAUUAGUGGGAGCUGUAAGAUUGAUAUCUGUCGCUAUUGCAGCCAGUUUGAUGGACAAAGCAGGUCGAAAAGCUUUGCUCUUCACUUCAGGAUUUUUGAUGUUUAUAGCCAUGCUUUCAAUGACCAUGUACACCCACAAAACACCAUGCAGCCAUAGCAAUCUUACCUUAACAGAGGGUUUGAAGAGCGCCUAUGGAGGCUCAGCGGGCCCUGCCUUCGAUCCAAUGACUCUAAUUCCUCUCAUUAGCACUAUGGUCAUCAUUUUUGGUUAUGCCAUGGGUUGGGGGCCAAUCACAUGGCUGCUAAUGUCAGAGAUCUUACCCUUGGGUGCGCGUGGGAUAGCAUCUGGUUUGUGUGUUGGUGUUAGCUGGAUCACAGCCUUUGUUCUGACGCAACUCUUCAUGCAUGUGGUGGAAGCCUAUGGACUUUUUGCACCUUUCCUGUUCUUCUGUGUCGUCUCGGUAGUGAAUAUAAUUUUCACUGCUAAAUGUGUGCCAGAAACUAAAGGCCGAACUCUGGAGGAAAUUGAGAACUAUUUCAAGACUGGCCGAAGCUUCACCAUUCAUGAUCCUUAAAAUAG